GCCGAGGCCCGGGCCGGUUCGCCGCCGCCCGGCCGCCAUGGACAAGAUCCUGGAGGGGCUGGUGAGCUCGUCUCACCCGCUGCCGCUGAAGCGCGUCAUCGUGCGGCGGGUGGUGGAGCUGGCCGAGACGCCGCUCAGCCCGGCGCAGUGCCGCGCCAUGUUCGCUCUCAGCACCCGGCUGGUGCUACAGGGCUCCGACGCCUUCCAGCGGCAGGUGGGCCGCCAGGUGCUGGAGGCCUACGGGCGCUACCACCGCGCCGAGUUCGAGGCCUUCUUCAACCGGGGGCUGGUCCUCGGCCUCUUACAGCGCGGCUACGGCGAGCUGAGCUGCCGCGACCCGGCCAUCCUCGACUACAUCCAGGCGGGGCUGCGCCUCAUCAUGAGCUGCCCCUCAGUGCUGGAGCUCUUCGAGCUGCUGCAGGUGGAGGCCCUGCGGCUGGUGUGCGAGCGGCCCGCGCCGCCGCUCUGCGCGCGCCUCUGCCAGCUGCUGGGCGACUUCCCGCAGUGCCUGCCCCGCGGCAGGAAGCUCUCGCUCGCCUUCUGCCAGCAGCUGGUGCGCAGCAUCGCCCACUUCCAGAGCCAAGGCAGCCGCGAGGCCGAGCUGCGCCUCUACGUCUCGCAGGUGACGCAGGUCAGCGGGCUGCUGCGCAGCGUCUGGAAGGCCGAGCCCGACACGCUGCUGCCCUCCCUGCAGGAGCUCUUUGCCGUCAUCGCUGCCGCCGAUACUCCAUUUGAACCCUCUGUUGCACUGGCAAGUCUUGUGCAGCAUAUACCUUUACAGAUGAUUACAGUACUCAUCAUGAGCCUUACUACAGACCCAAAUGUGAAAGAUGCGAGUAUGACUCAAGCGCUGUGCAGAAUGAUUGACUGGUUGUCUUGGCCUCUGGCUCAGCAUGUGGAAACUUGGGUGAUUGCACUGCUGAAAGGACUAGCUGCAGUCCAGAAAUUUACUAUCCUUAUUGAUGUCACUCUGAUGAAGAUUGAAUUGGUCUUUAAUCGACUUUGGUUUCCUCUAGUAAGACCCGGUGCCCUUGCUGUCCUUUCUCAUAUGUUACUUAGUUUCCAGCAUUCUCCAGAAGCUUUUCAUUUGAUUGUUCCACAUGUGGUCAGUUUGGUUCACUCCUUCAAAGGUGAUGGCUUACCUUCCAGUACAGCGUUUUUGAUGCAGUUGACUGAGUUGAUACACUGUAUGAUGUAUCAUUAUUCAGGUUUUCCAGAGCUCUAUGAACCCAUUCUGGAAGUUUUUAAGGAUAUGCCCAAGCCCAGUGAAGAGAAGAUGAAGCUGAUUCUCAGUCAGAGUGCCUGGACUUCUCAAUCCAAUUCUUUGCCAUCUUGUUUAUCUAGACUUUCUGGAAAAUCGGAAACUGGCAAGACAGGCCUCAUUAACCUAGGAAAUACCUGCUACAUGAACAGCAUUAUUCAGGCACUUUUCAUGGCUACUGAUUUCAGAAGACAUGUUUUAUCUCUGAAUCUAAAUGGUUGUAACUCACUGAUGAGAAAAUUACAGCAUCUCUUUGCGUUUUUGGCCCAUACCCAGAGGGAGGCAUAUGCUCCUAGAAUUUUCCUUGAGGCUUCCAGACCGCCAUGGUUUACCCCUCAAUCACAGCAGGAUUGCUCAGAAUAUCUCCGGUUCCUGCUCAACAGGCUGCAUGAAGAAGAGAGAACUUUGAAAGCGUUGUCUCCAGCAAAGGCUGCUGAAAGCAGGAAGAAUGAAGAGUCCCAGGCACAAGAAACUGUCCAUAAAGCACAAGUAUUUGCUGAAGCACUUUGUAUGGGGAGUGAAGAAAGAACUCUCAUAGAGAGAAUGUUUGGAGGAAAACUGAAGACUACUAUAUGCUGUUUGAACUGCAAAAGCACAUCUCAAAAGGAGGAAGCUUUCACAGAUCUCUCUCUGGCUUUCUGUCCUCCGACAUCAUUGGAAAGCAUUGGUUUGAAAUGUGUGGAACAUUCUGAAAUGAAAAAUGAUGGUUCUGUGGUGCAAACUAGCAUUUCAGCAUCUUCUGCUGGAGAAACACAUCUGAGUAGUUUGGAAAUAAAUGGUGGAUGCAAUACAGUUAAAAAUGAAGGAACCCUAAAGGAUUUUUCUGCUGAGCCAAGCUCUGAGACAAAUUCUGAAUUGAACAAGGAUCAAGAUAAUAGGGAUGUUUCUCCGGCAUUGGUAGGGAAAAACACCCCAUCAGUAACAGACUUACUGAAUUAUUUUCUGGCACCUGAGAUCCUGAGUGGAGACAAUAAGUAUUAUUGUGAAAAGUGUGCUUCCCUACAAAAUGCUGAGAAAACUAUGCAAAUCAUUGAGGAACCUGAAUACCUCAUUCUCACUCUUCUGAGAUUUUCGUAUGAUCCAAAGUGUCAUAUAAGGCGUAAAAUCUUGGACAGCAUUUCUCUGCCACUUCUUUUGGAACUGCCAGUCAAAAGAGCAACAUCCCCUCUUGCUGUGGUUUCAGGAAGUUGGUCUGUUGAUGUUGAGAUUUCUGAUAUUGGAGAAAAUCUUGCUAAGAAACUAAAGCCCUCAGGUGCUGAUGAAGUGUCCUGCCCACAACUGGUGCCCUAUGUGCUAAGUUCUGUGGUAGUGCACUCGGGUGUAUCCUCUGAAAGUGGACAUUACUAUUCAUAUGCUAGAAAUGUUACUGGUUCAGGUUCUUCAGGACAGUGUCACCAGUCUAAAGCUUUCUCUUUAAUUUCUCCUCAGAAUAAGUUGUUAGCAGAGGAGAGUCCUUGUACUGUUGUAGAAAAUGAACUGGACACUGAGAUGCCGAAAGAAUGGUUUUUAUUCAAUGACAGCAGAGUGACAUUUACCUCAUUUCAGUCAGUCCAGAAGAUUACCAGUAGGUUUCCAAAGGACACUGCUUAUGUUCUGAUUUACAAAAAACAAAAUAGCACCUGUGGCUACAACACAAAUUCAGCGAAUGGACUCUGGGUGAAUGGAGACCCUCCCCUACAAAAAGACCUCAUGGAUGCAAUUACAAAAGAUAACAAACUAUACUUACAGGAGCAAGAGCUUAGUGCUCGAACACAAGCUCUUCAAGCUGCCUCAGCCUCGUGCUCUUUCCGCCCCAAUGGAUUUGAUGACAACGAUCCCCCAGGAAGUUGUGGACCAGCAGGUGGAGGAGGAGGGAGUGGAUUCAGUACUGUUGGUAGAUUAGUAUUUUGACGAAGGAGAUGACCUGGAAUACACUGGUUCUAAAGCAGCCUGGGACUGCUGAGGACAGUUGAAAUGCUGAACUUACUGUACGGAGUUUUGAGACUUCAUCCUUCUUUAAAAGCAAAUGUUGAGGUUUUCUUGCUUAUGUUUUAUUUGAAAUAAAUAAGCGCAUAAUGGAAAAAAAAAAAACUACCUCUUAAAAAUUCAGUUGCUUUUAUAGUAAGAUAUGCUUGCCCAAAAGACAGAAAAAUAAGAUUUUUAAGUAGUUUCUAACACGACUGCAUUAAACAAAUGCAUUUACAUCAUUUUCCGUAAACCUUAUCCACUGAAUGAAGCAAGUUCAUUUUGACUCUGGUGGCGUCGCUGUUUGUGGAAGUCCUUUCAGAUGCAUUAAACCCCAUGCGUAGUCUCCCACCUUAUUUACAAAUCUGAGACCUUUAUGAUUUCUGGAGAUGAUGCAAUCAUAUAAUGAAGGCAAUAACUUAAUGUGACUUGAUACAGUACUUUAAAAAAUAUUCAGUAUAUUUACAGUACGAGUGUAAAGAGGAAAAAAUUAUAAAUAUUUGCAAAGCUGUUUUCCACAGAAGUGCAUGUUCUGUAGGAACAAUGUUUUUAAAUAGAAGUUGUUAACUUUGUAGCAUUUUUAAUUGUUUUGAGAAUUUUAAAAUUAUUUCAGGGAAUAUAUAUGCUAUGUAUUUGAAAGGAAGAGAUUCUGUAUGUGCCUUGCAGUACUGUAACUUAAAACAAACUUUCUGAGACUGCAGAAAAGGAAGAAUAUGUUGGUGGUCAAUUUUUCUUGUCAGUGUUAGAAAUCCAAGUGUUUUUAGAAAGCUAUUUUGUUUCCAGAAGUAAAAGUUUAAAAUGCAGUAAGUUUGCCCAUUAUUUUCGAAUCAGAGGAAUAUACCUAGAGUUCUAUUAUUUUCUUGGCUGCAUUGGUUAAAGAGGCCAGUCGUAAAUAUUGAACUAUACUUGUGAAAUCAUAGAAAGGCUACCUAUAUGGAUCCUUGGUGAGGAUCUGUGUUUCUAAGAGUCCUUUUAAACUUUUGCCUUCUGAUUUUGCUUUUAGUGAGAAAUAGUUGAUGAGUUCAUGUUUUAAUUGUCUGCAGAAGACCAAAAUGAUGAUGUCUGUGGAGCAAUGUUCACUGGCUUGUUAGGCCAGCAUAGGUCAAGAAAACCACUCUUCUAGCCUUGGCAGAAUUAGAAACUUUGUUUUUGAUGUGCAAUGAGGAUAAUGAAAGUAAAUGGAUUACACUAAAUCUGGUGAUUAAUUCUUAACUUGAAUAAUCUUAUACUGAAGUGUAAAUUUAUUUAAAGUAUUUUUUAGAAAAUUCUGCACUGUUUUGCUGUGUUUUUUAUAACCUUGUAAGUGACAAAGCGUAUCCUUAAAAAGCAUGCAAACCUGGCAGGUGGUAGUUUAACUGUACAAUUUUUUUUCAGAAAAUGCCUUUAAAAAUCACAAACUAAGUUUAACUUUUUUCUUAUAGUGUUGAAUAUAUGGAUUUUAGUCCAUAGUAAGGUAUCCUAGCUUGCAAACUAUUUUUGUACUGUCACUAAAACUGUUACUUGCUCUGCUAUAGGUUCAUAUGUUGCUGCUCAAGAAAGCAGUUCUCCUUCAUUUUCAUUAAAUGGGUUCCGUGCUCUGUUUUGACUGUAGUACCUCAGCUAUGAUCUACGUCUCCAUUGCUGUCUCAGUUGUAUUGGUGGGUUCAGCUGUGAAAUGGGAAAUGUUAUGAGACCAACAUGAGGAAAGUUCUCAUUUAGCUUGCUUGGGUGAAGUUUUCUUUAAGCUCGCUCCACCUUGAAAUUCUGUUGUUCUCAGUCUUAGGAGGGUUUUUUAUUUCAAGAUUCUCUCCCAGUUAAGUCUGGUUUUAAGGUUAUUCUGGCUUUUUUUCUUAAAACCAAAUUAUGAGAAGGACAUACUAAAAAGCUAUUUAUUUGUGUUACAGUGGGAUAUAUUGUUGAUUAUAAAACACUAAAAUUAAAAGCAAGAGCAGAUGUUUUUACUCUAUAUGAAGUAAGGCUUUUGUGAAGGUCAAUUUUGCUUUUCAUGUUCUCAAGUAAAAACAACCUACCUAAAAAUGUGUGAUAUGACUUUUGUAUACCUGUUGUAUAUCUGUUUCAUGAGCUCUUACAAGGCUUUCUACACUACAGUUUGCCUAUUCUAAAUUAGAUGUUAAAUAUGGAAACUUAAUAUCAGAGUAAUGCCAUAGUUUAAAACUGAAAAUAUCUGAAUGUUUUUUCCUUUGUCCUUAUGUUGCUGCAGUUACUUUGGAUUAUACAUUUUGGGUUUUUAAACUCAAAAUAUUUAUUUACAAGUCUGCCUUCUGACCUGACAACCUUCACAUCAGGCAGACUGAUACUUAAUGUGGAAGGCUUCACUAAAGCUAUUGGAAGUGGAGAAGUAUUUCUUGCUUCAAAAUGUACACCUUUAUUCAUUGUUUACGGUAAUGGCAUUGCAUGUUCUAACAGAGUGAAAGAACAGUGUAUGUAAGGUACUUCAAUUACUGUUGCCUGUGAAUGAAUGCUGGAUGACUUGUUUAUUCACCUUUCUUGCUCCAUUCUUAAUUUGUUUUCCAUCUGAGAUGAAUAGGUAGAAAGAUAAGUAACAUGAAGAUUUACUGUUGUACCAAACUUGAGGAUGGUAUGUCCUCUAAAAAUCAUUUCUUUUUAACAAGAUUGUGUUUUGGUCUUUGUAUCAAUGGUCAAUAGAGUUGUAUUAACUUUCUUCCAUGCAGUUGAUUUUUUUGUAUGUUUUUCUUCAUGUGGAGAAUUAGUGGAUUGUUGUGAAUAUCACCAACAUAAGAAAUGAUUACAAUACCUGAGUGUGUUUAUCCAAGAUGAAGAGAGAAAAGCCUUCUUUGAAUAACUAUAAAAAUCACAAGUUAACUUUUUUUUUUACCUUUUGUUGCCUGCUCUGGAAUGUUAAAUAUUUUAUCUGCUCUAUCCAUUGGAAGUUUCCUUUAAUGGGUAAACUUUCAUUACAUACUGGUAUAGAGUUAGAGUUCUUUUCUUCUAGAAAUGAUGGGUGAAGAGUAGAAGCAUCGCGAGCUAAAUGAGUGUUAGAACAAAAGGAAGUACAAACUUUCUGUAAGUAAGUCUUAGAUUAGAAACUGCCUGAUCACUAGGAUUAAUUCUGGAUCAGCCUUACAGGCAAAGACGUGCUUUAAAGGAAGAGGCAAGUAUACCUGUGUGAGAAAUUAAAUGCAAAGCACUGUCUGAAUAGUAGGCAACCAAACUUGAUACACCAGAGGCCCCUUCCAGUCCCUUCCUAAAACUUCGCUCUUCUCUUGGGCUUCCUGUCAUGACAUUACCAAUUCUGUUUUUAAGGCUCAGAUUAGAGGAAGCAUUUUCCUAAAUUUGUUGGAUGCUGGACAAAUAUGUGGAUUCAGGAUAUGCAGUUCAUAUUCCUUUUUUCCAGUGUGAUUAAUAACAUUUUGUUGAUUUUAUUUUAAUUUUUUUUGAGCCAGUUGUGCUGGAGUCAGGCUUGACAAAACAUGUCCUGCUGCUGCUCUCUUGGUAAGCGGCAUGCUGCCAUGUGCCCUGAAAUGCUGGGCAGGCUGCUGGCUGCCCUGGUGAGGUGUUCCUUGCCAGGUGGCCAUCUUGGGCCUUCGUCAGCCUCAGUACCUCAGAGCAGCCAGCCCUGUGGUGCUCCCUGGUGUCCCUGAGAAGCUGGGCCCAGCCUUGGGGCUGCAGCAGGAGGAGCCUGAGGUGGGGCAGUGCUAUAGUCUGUUCAUCACCUCUUUGGGGAUGCCCCCAUGGAUGGAGUAGGUAGCUCCGGGAUGGACUGGCACCUAUGGGAGCAGCACACAGGUAGGGUGGUUGUAUGUGAAGGUGUGGGAGGGGGAGUGGGAGGGGCUGUGAGAGUGAUGUGCUGGUGCCAGGCUAAAACAUACCUACCAUGCCGUAAAAAGGAAAGAAUGGUUCUGAUCUGAUUGAAAAUUUGUGUAUGUUUUGAUGGUAAUAUCAUGUGCAUCUACCCUAGGUAUUCUCUCAACAGUGCUUUGUUACCUAGGGCUAAAUCCUCCUCAACUCUCUGCUGUGUGGGGGGAAAAACCUGCCAAUAGGUACUUGGAAAAUAUUAGUUAGUACUUGGCUUUAACUUUUCAUUUUUAAACUGACUUGCUCUUCUUCUCAAGUGUUCUCUCAAGAAUUACAGUACUUGUUGCUUAGCUCCAUAAAAGAAUGUUGUUUAACCUUUUUGGUGUGUUUUUCAUGGUUUUGGUCUGCUGAAAUACGAAAUAUAGAAGUCUUGGGUUGCAGUGUGCCUGUUCUUAAACUUUGUUGUUGAAAAUUUGAUUAAAUAUUUAAUGAUAUUUUGUA